AUGAAACCUGGCGGGAGACAGCUUCUAGGUUUGGUCUUGGCCAUUUUCGGAGUCCUGGGGAGCAUCAUCAGCUGUGCUCUCCCCACAUGGAGAUCCCCUGAGUGGAGGAAAUCAGAGGGUUUGUGGAAGUCCUGUAACUUUGAUUAUAGUUACUAUCCACGACCAACAACAGAGUGCAAAUCUUAUGAUUCUCUGCUGGCCUUACCUCAAGACCUGCAGGCUGCCAGAGUGCUCAUCGUCAUUGCCAUCAUUGUCGGGAUCUUUGGAGUCAUGGUUGGUGUUGUCGGGGGCAACUGCACCAACUUGGUGUCAAAUACGAGGAAAAAUAGCAAAGUGGCUAUAGCUUCUGGAAUUAUCUUCAUCAUAUCAGGUGUCUUGGUGCUCAUACCAGUCUGCUGGACCACAAUCACCAUAGCUCAUGAAUCCUACAAUGAAGAAUACAGAAUGGGAGCUGCGCUCCACAUCGGGUGGGUGUCUGUAGGGCUGCUGAUACUGGGUGGAAGUCUCCUCUGCAGCUCCCGUCCACUCAAAAAGGAGACUAGCUAUGAUGUCAAGUACUCCCAACCUCCCUCUGUGUAA